ACAAUGACACAAGUAGACUGCAGGUUUGGAGAGAUACUUUUGGUUGCUCUUUUGAGAGAGACAUUACAUAUUACACGGUAGGAAGAUUUUCCAAUGGAUUUGUUGUAGCACAACACACCUGAUUUAUGUCUUUAGUCCUGAAUGGAAAAAUAUUUCUGUAAUGGCACAAGCAAGAACAGCUGAACCCUGCCUACAGAGCCUCAGAGACUGCCGUGUUUCUCUUGUGGACAAACUGGAGUUCCACAUUGAUACACUUACAGAUGUAUUAAUUUCAAAGGACAUCUUCACUAGAGAUGAUCAAGAGGAGAUACAGUAUGAGAAGGGUCCACGUGGGAAGGUGCGAAAGGUACUGGAUAUAUUGGAGGGGAAGGGGGAAGAUGCAGCUAGAAUCUUUAUAUCUGUAAGUUGCCACCUUGGAGAGUCCAACAUAAAACCUGGUGAUUCGUCUCUAAAACAGACAUCAGAAUACCAAAAGGUCAUAGCAAAGCAUAAAGACGUUUUAAAACGCAGAAGUGAGCGUAUGCUCUACUAUAACACACGGCAUGGAGAGAAGAUCCCUUUUUCUGAACACUAUGUCAAUCUACUGAUUGUGAAAGGCCAUCAUAGUUUAGAAAUAAAAAGACAUGAGGUUUUAACCUUUGGACAACAGCGCAUUUCUCUUCAGCAAAAAGCUACGGAGCAGAGACUGAUCAAGCCAGCACAGCUGUUUUCCAGUGAAACAGGCAAAAAGUCAGCCAAAAAGAUUUUGGUGACCGGAGUAGCAGGAAUUGGGAAAACUGUCCUGGUCCAGAAAAUUCUUUGCGAUUUCAGUAAUCACAAAGAGCAUCAGUCUUUUGAUUUCAUUAUUCAUCUCACCUUCAGGGACCUUAAUCUUGUCAGCAAGCCAGUGAGCCUACGAGAACUUAUUCUCCGUAAAAAUGGACAUCUUGCUAAGCAUCUCGACACCAUCAUCGAAAAUGACACUAAACUCUUGAUCAUUCUGGAUGGCUUUGAUGAAUUUAAGCACUUCAGGGGGUGCGACCUGGGCAUGUUUUUGACAGAUCUUGAUGAGGAAGGCGAGGUGGUGGAAGUCUUUACCAGCUUAAUGUCAGGGGAGCUCCUCCCAGGAGCCUCUGUGCUGGUUACCAGCAGGCCUACAGCUGUUAGUCACAUCCCCAUUGGAUCCAUUGACUGCUUUGUUGUCAUAACUGGAUUCUCUACUGUAGAGAUUCAUGACUUCUUCCAGCGUUUCUUUCAGGAUGAGGAGCUAGCUACUAAGAUGUUCGAGAUAGUGGUUGCAAAUGAACUACUGCUCACUCUCUGCUACAUUCCAGCCUUCUGUCAUAUCAUGUGUAGCGUUCUGAAAGAAAAUAAGGGUCUGUACCCAGCUAACCCUAGGACAAUGACUGAUAUUUACGUGCAGUACUUGCUGGCGUUGGUCAAAUCCCACACAAAUAUCCAAAUUGAAUCAUUAAACAAUGUCAUUGGAAUGAACCAUCAAGAGCACCUACAAGAAAUCCUAUUAAAGCUUGGCAGAUUGGCAUAUCAGAAACUAAUGAGUCAAGAAACUCUGUUUUAUAGCAGCAAUGAUGAAAUAGCCAACUGUGUUAUUGCAAGCGCUUUUCUGGACAAGACGUCCAUUCAGGAGCCAAGCUACACAGAAGAUGUGUAUUCCUUUACACAUCUCACAAUACAGGAGUUUUUUGCCGCGCUUUAUUGUGCUAUGGCCGAUGUACCCUUAUCAGAGACAUUAGGUUCAGGCAAUGAAUACAGUACCAAAAGUCUGCCAGGAAACCUUGAUCUGUUUACCAGAUUUCUUUCUGGUCUGUUAUCAAACAGGAACCAAGUUUAUCUCUCCAGAAAUAUUGGGUUUCAGAAGCAGGAAGAUAAAAUGCAAUCCUUCCGACUGAAGCUGGUAUCCGAUACUCAAGCCAGUUGUGAGAAUGGUGCUUACAUUCUAACACAGCUGCACUGUAUUUUGGAGCAACAGGAUGUGCUACUAAUGCAGGAGCUCAAGUUGCAAAGUCUGCGUAUCAACCUCAGUGAUGUCACUCUGUCCACCAUGGACUACAAUGCUGUGAAGCAUUUUCUCAAUGAAAUACACCUGCCUAUACUGGAAGUGGAUCUAACUGGGACAAGCAUAAGUGCUGAAUCACUAAGGGAUUUACAGCCCUACUUGCUAAGAUGCGAGAAGAUAUGGCUGGGGGAAAAUAAUCUGGACCUGGAAGCAAUCAAGGAAGUUGCUGACAUCCUGCAUGCAUCUAAUAUCUUAAAGCAACUUGGUUUAGGAUGGACAGACAUUGGUGACGAACAUCUUUUUGUGCUCACAAAUGCUAUCAAGACUAAGCAAACCCUAACAGAGCUCUGGAUGGAGGGGAAUAGAAUCACUUUUGAAGGCUUAUCACCAUUAAGUGUCUUUGCACCUUCACCUCUUGAGAAAGUUGUUGCCAUUUGGAACAAUGUAACUGAUGCUGAAGAAGAGCGCCUGAACAGCCUCUGUCAAACACCCUGCUUCAUCGUGUCCUUCACAGAAAAUAGUAUGUGGCAAGACUGGGCCCAAUGGGUUCUUCAGAGAUGUGAAGUGAGUAGCAGUGAGAAGCUGGUGACGAUCCUGUACAAAGUGAGUGACAUAUCUGUCCGCAGUCUAGAAAGCCAGUGGGCCAAGACUUUCUGUAGAAGCCUGACACAAUUAAUAAGGACACGAAUUGACCAGUGCUUGGAAGAGGACGUGCGAAGGAAACUGGAGAAGUUUGAGACAAUUUUCACCUCAUAGUGGAUUUCUCACUGCUGGAUUUUUAUGGAAAUGAAUGAUUCAUUGUAUAUAUUUGUGUUUUAUAAGUAUUUAAUAAUAUUUUUUUAUUAAAUUUUGAGCAAAAUGCUUCUAAGUUCAUUUCAUGUAUCUCUUGACAGUCCAUUGUAAAUUAUCGGAUUAUACAGUAUCGCAGUGGGCUCAUAUUUUUGUUGUUGUUGUUGUUUUGUAUGGGUUUUUUUUAAUGUAUUUUAUGUUCCUUCCCUUUUGGGUGUCUGUAGACUGAAAUUUUGACCUGAAAAAAGUUCUCACUGCAAACUUAGAAAGACAAUGUUUUCUCUAUAUAUCGCUUUUUUCCUUUUCCACCCCUUUUCUUUCUUUCUAUCUUUGUAUGAUAAUGUAAGAAACAUACACAUUAUACACUUUAUUAUUUAUUUACAUCCAUAUAUAUAUUUAAUGAUUAUUUAAUUUCUAUACAUGAAACACUAUACUGUAACGUUUUGUAUAAACGAAUAAAAAAACAGUAAAGAAAAAA